AUGCAAAGCUAUUGUAGAAAGUGCCAUGGUUGUCAUGUUGGCGAUGUCAGGAUUAAUGCUGGAACAUCCGGAGUGUGGAAAGUGGCGCCUACCAAGGCUGUACUGGACUUUGACAUUGGAGACAAUAAAACUGUGAACUAUAGUGGUAAAUGUUGUAAUAAACUAUGAGGCAAUAGUACUCAUAAGAAGCCC